AUGGUAUUACUCAGUUAUGCAAAAAUACCAAUGAUGUACAAUCAUAUUGUCAAUCAAUGUGAUGUGGUGGUCACACAAAAUCCUUCUGCACGGUUCGACACCAUCACAAAGCUGACAGAAAUCGACCAGCAAUAUCAAUCACCGAAGAGUGCAAAACGUUUUGCACAGAUGUAUGACUCAUCAUCAACGAAGAAGCAAAUGAAAAUGGAUCAGUAUGGAUCCCGAGUCAUACCUCCCAAUGAGAAACUCGACAUCGACCGAACUUUAUUAAAAGCACUCAUCAUGAAUGGCGUACCAUUCCAAUUAGUGACCAAUUCUUUCUUCUUAGAUUUAAUUCAAAAGCUAAAUUCAUCAUAUUGUCCACCGGAUAAAAUGAAACUUACUCGUCAAACUCUCACAAACGAACUUCUUUACGUCGAGAAGAAGAAUGAUUCGAUUCUUACGGAAGCGUCCUAUUUAACACUCAAUCUCGAUGGAUGGACUGAUCAAAGUCAUAGAUCCCUCUAUGAAUUCAGUGUUAUCACUGAAAAUCGUCGUGCCGUUGUGCUUGCUCUUGUGGAUUUGAGUGCUUACAAGCACAAUGCAGAAUUCCUACUCCAACGUCUCGAAGUUGUUCUACAUACGGCGUCGACGACGUUCAAUAUUACUGAAAAAAUCGUCGCGAUUGUCACGGAUAAUCCAGAUGUGAUGGAAAAAUUGCGGAAUUUAUUCAUUGCGAAGCCAGCUUAUCGUCACAUUUUGGAGUUUCGAUGUUUCGCUCAUGCGAUCAACUUGAUUGCUGAAGUUAUUCAAUAUGGUGCUUCCGUGUUCUAA